AAAUAAAUCACAAUCAUUCCCACAAAUACAAACAAUUGAACCAUUUCUCUGCCACUAUCCAUCCAACCUUCACAACUAGUCAAUAACUCUUUCAACAAAUAUGACUGACGAAGACAAACCUAAAGCCUUCUCCGCCGACCACCACCACCACCACCCUCCGCCGCCGCCGCAACCCUAUCCAGCCGCCCAGUACGGCACCUUCCAAGGCGUCUCCAACUACCCUCCGCCGCCGCCGCAGCAGCACCCCGCCAUCGGCUUUCCUCAGCCCGUUCCGCCGCCCGGCGUCGGCGACUCCUCCGCCCCUCCUCCGCCCUAUUACUCCGGGUACCAAGCAGUUCCCGGUUAUGCUGUUGCUGAAGGAAGACCUGUAAGAGAACCCCGCCUUGGUUGCUGUGGCAUUGGUUGCGGCUGGUGUCUGUUUAUAUUAGGCUUCUUUCUUGCUGGUAUUCCAUGGUAUGUCGGAGCAAUAAUUAUGCUUUGUUCCAGAGUAGACUAUCGGGAGAAACCUGGAUAUGUUGCUUGUAUAGUUGCUGCUGUUCUGGCUACAAUUGCGAUUAUUUUUGGUGUGACAAAGGGUGCAGAGGACUGGUAGUCUUCAUGUUAAGAGUUGUAAAGUUUGCUAGACAAAUGCAUGUAAAGUAAAUCAGUUGCUGGAAAUCAUGUCCGAGUGCGAUUUAUGUAUUCAUUGAAAACUGCUACCAUAUGUAAUCUGGAUUGUUUGAUUUAUUACAUGGUUCACCUGGUCCUGACUAAAGAUAUGAUGAAGCAAGACUUUAUGUGCUUUAUCAAUAUUUAUAGGAAACAUUGUUAUAGUGAGUUAACAAUUAUAGCAUAUACCACCCCCUCUUUAAAUAAGGAUCAUGUUUGUUACUUGCUUUUU